AUGGCAACUAACAAUAAUAUGACAGUUCCUCACAUCAUUGAAGAUAUUGAUGACAUCAUAACAAGAUGGGUUCUCGCAGAUCAUCCCCGUGAUAAAUGCGAAGUAGAUAUUGUUAGAAAUGACUUGAAAUUCACCCAAAUUGGAGAUAUUGAAUACCAUCGAAUACAAGACUCUGCUUCCGAAGCUAGGGAAGUGGACCACGUGACGACUUUCGUUAACAACACGAGCAGUGAACAAAAACACCGAAUAACCACCCAAAGGAGCAUGCGAUCUUCGUACUCAUGGAGUUUGACGAGCGGACACACGUUUGGUGCGAUGGGAGGAAUCAGUUUAAAACCACCAGGAGACUGCGUGGAGGCUGGGUUCCAGCUGGACAAACAGAAACAUGAAGAAACUAGGGACGAAAGAGUUUUCGAGAAAAUCAGAUCAAGUACACUUGACUCGGAAAUCACAGUCAAACCCAAAAAGAAAGUCAGUGUGCAUUUAAAAACCAUUGAGGAAGAUUACGUUGCCAAUUAUACUAUUCGAUACCGAGUUAAAGGGACGGUUAAGGCUAUAAUUAGAGAUAAACGCAACACAAACGUUGAAGGGGAAGCGCCAGAAAUAUUCGGUAGUUUGGAAGGUUUUCGAUGCACGUCUGAGGAUAGAUCUUCAUGCAGAGUACAAUUUGAAAAUAAAGGCAUAUUCAUGUGUAAACGAGAACUGAGUCAAGAAUUUCAAGUCACAGAACAAGAUAUUUAA